ACCCAAAAAAAAACUUGAAGCUAAGGUUUAUGUCCGCUCUCAUCUCACUCCCCCCACAGCAUACAGAACCCCAUCAAAUCUCUGAUACCCAAAAAAUGGCUACUCGUCUUCCCAACCAGAUUUUCUUGCCAAAUUCUAAUCUAUCCAUCACUUCCCAACAAUCAAAACUAACCGGAAUCUCUUUCCGGCCAGUUAAGCUACCUAGAAGUACUGGAAAACUAACACUAAAAUGCAGCUUAGUUGAUUCACCAAAAACAGAAUCAGUAGGUGGUGAUAUAAAAAAGCUUGUGGAUUUCUUGUAUGAAGAUUUACCUCAUCUUUUCGAUGAACAAGGGAUUGAUCCAACCAUGUAUGAUGAAAGUGUGAAAUUUAGAGACCCAAUUACGAAAUAUGAUAGUAUUAGUGGGUAUCUCUUUAACAUUGCACUCUUGAGGAAAAUCUUUACACCAGACUUCCAAUUGCAUUGGGCAAAACAGACAGGACCUAAUGAGAUAACAACAAGGUGGACAAUGAUAAUGCCGUUUGUGAUCUUACCUUGGAAGCCUGAGCUAGUCUUCACAGGAACAUCCGUCAUGGGUAUUAACCCCAAGAAUCAAAAAUUCUGCAGUCAUUUGGAUUUUUGGGAUUCCAUCAAGAACAAUGACUACUUUUCUGUUGAAGGCUUGCUGGAUGUUAUAAAGCAGCUGCGACCAUACAAGACUCCGGACUUAGAGACACCAAAGUACCAAAUAUUGAAAAGAACUGCAACUUAUGAGGUUCGGAAGUAUUUCCCGUUUGUUAUUGUAGAAAAGAAAGGUGAGAAAUUAGCAGGUUCGACUGGCUUCAAUGAUGUCGCUGGAUACAUAUUUGGCAAGAAUUCUACCAAGGAGAAAAUAAAAAUGACAACUCCAGUCUUUACCCAAGCUUUCGAUAACGAACAAUCAAAUAUAUCUAUCCAAAUUGUUUUGCCAUCCGAGAAAGAUUUGAGCAGUCUACCAGAACCAGAACUAGAAGCACUUAGCUUGAGAAAGGUAGAAGGAGGGUUUGCCGUCGUGACAAAAUUUAGUGGCAAACCUACUGAUGAAGUAGUUGCUGAAAAAGAAAAAAGCUUGCGCCGUGCAGUUCUAAGAGAUGGUCUUAAACCUAAAGAAGGUUGUAUGCUUGCUCGGUAUAACGAUCCAGGCAGAACGUGGAGCUUCAUUCUGAGGAAUGAAGUGCUGAUAUGGCUCGACGAAUUCUCAUUGGAAUAGUUCGGUAAACAAACUUAAUAUCGCUUGUUAUACCAUCUUUUUCUUUUAAUUUCCCCACAGUUGUAACCAGCCUUCUUGUAAUAUAAUAAGGUGUCGUUUUUCUAAUGCAAAAGAACUGGAAAUAUUUCUCCUUGUUGUUUACUCUGAGUAUCUUUGCAUGAUCAGAAUUCUCUUGAGUUUAGAAUUCAAAUCAAAUUGUGUGAUUAAUGUUAUUUAACAUUAGUUACAUUAGAAUUCAAAUCAAAUUUAACUUGCAU